AUGGCCUCUAAGACCAACUCUAAUGCGAAUACUGCUCUGUAUUCAACUUUUGCUGCCAUGGGAUUCUUCGCUGGAUCGGUCAACAACAUGCUCCGACCAAGACUCACCCUUCUGGUCAGCAGUAUGGGUUACAGCCUGUAUAUCGGAUCCUAUCUAGCCAUAAACAUUCACUCCGACACUAAUAGUUUUGUCAUCAUCGCAGGAGCUAUCCUUGGGAUAUGCGCUGGUCUCUUACGGACCGCACAGAGCUCACUGAUGAUAGCAUACCUUACUGAAACGCAAAAAGGGAAAUUUAUCGGGAUUUUCUGGUCUAUUUUCAACCUCGACGGUGUCGUUGGAGCGUCUGUUGCUGCUGGAAGAAACUGGAAAUCAACAAGUAAGCGCCUGAACUAUCGUAACACACGAUUGCAUAUUGGAUUCCUUGUCCUUACACUCAUCGGCGUUUCGAUCCCAAUGCUAAUGGCGGACCCUGACAAGAUGAUUCGUUCUGAUGAAACAGAUAUAAUAGGUCUAUUCGUGACGCUGAAGACUGAUCCAAUGAUCGUCCUUCUCUUCCCUAUGUUCUUUGCUUCCAACUGCGGCUUCAACGGUGCCAUCUUCAACAUCCGUGCCUGGGGCCUGAACAGCGUCUGCUACUGGAUCUCCCAAAUCAUCGGCCGUCACAUCCGUGUCUACACAGGCUGGACCGUCCUCUUCCUAAUGGUCUUCAUCAUCCAUAUCUGGGGAUACUUCUAUCAAAAGCAGUACACGCGCGAGAACGUCGCACCAGAGACGGAGAAAAUGGAUAUCUACGACUACGGAUACGCCGGUCGGGUAUGGUUCUACAUCUUCUACGGGGUUCUGGAUGUGAUGUGGCAGAUGACAGCUUUUUUUUUGAUUCAAUAUUAUUCUUACUGGCUUAUGGCCCUGGGUGCGAUGUCGAACGAUCUAUCAGAGCUGGCAUUCUUUACUGCUGGGAUAUGGCAUGCAGAUGCUGUCAAGAUUCCGUACAUGAAUAUGUUCAUUUCGGAAUGGGCUCUCCUUGUCGGAGGUCUCGUGUUUGCGCUGCCUAUGGUUAUCAUACGUAUCAAGGAUCAUGCCAACCUAGACGACGAGACCAUCGCCCGGAUGGAUGAUAAAGGACACAUACGUCCAACUGAGGAUGUCGCUGCGGAGACGAAAGUUACCCAGGGGUCUUCAUGA